UCUUGGAGCUCUUGUAGGUCUCUCUGUUGCAGCUGUGGUUCUUCUGGCCUUCAUCGUCACUCUGUGUGUCCUCUGCUAUCUGUUCAUCACCACUAAACCCAGAGGUCUGGACAAUGGGCUGCCACUCAGAGCUCCAGGCACUACAUCGAGUCCACAAGGACCAGGGCCGAGUCAUACCGCCCCCCCUGCUGGUCCUCAAGGCUUCAGGAAACACUUCCUGAGGGGGAAGCUGGACUGUGACAACCAGCCUCCGGACCCUGACCGCCUUUUCCAACGUAGUUUCAUGGCUACUGUGACCUAUAUCAAAGUUGAGGGUGCUACAUAGACUGGUAGACUACGUGAAGUUUUAAUUGUGAAGACCAUUGGUGCAAGUCAAAGCUCAUCGGCCCAUUUCAAUACCUUUAAUUUCUGUAGCCUGCAUUUAAAACAAAUCUUGGCUACCCCCCAAGCUGAAUUUCUUGAACUCCGCGAUCGCGUGCGCAUGGCUGCCCAUCAGCAACAACAAUGAUGGAAAGUUUUGAGAACAAGCUAUUAGUCCAUGGGCUUGGGCAUCAGUCCUUCCCUGACAGUCCAGAUCCAAAUAUGUCCUAUGAGUAGCUACUAUCAAAUAUUGCCAAUAAAAGCCGAUUUUUUUUUUUUUUAAAGAAAUGUUGGCAACAGAUCAGUACCUGCGCAAUUCAAAGAAAAACAAGUCAGAGAAAAAGAUCUGCCAGUGCACAACAGGAAAUGAUGCCUGGGUUCUCUGGUGUGCCUUCACUGGAAUCCGUAAGCUACAUUGUUCAUUGCAAGAAGCUGAACAAAUACCAUUCCCAUCAGCCU